CACCAUCCUCUUUACGGUGAAAAAUACAGGCAGUCAACAAAAUGAGAUCAACAGUUAAAGUUUCGAUAAAGAAUAGGCUGAUAAUUAUACGUGAAUCUGUGAAAAUUAAUUCCUUUAGUCUUCUCAUUAAUGGUUAUUUGCUCAGACGUUACCUAAGUUUAUUGUGCACUUUAUAGGAUUGAAAUCCAAGCUAUUAGCAUGGAUUUAUGCUUUGUGGAAUGUCAUUGCAUAUGCAUAGGUUUCUGAAAAAGUGGAGGAAGGACUGGGAAGCUUGUAAGGCAACAAGUGUAGCUCAAUGGCGUUAUCUGAAAUAAAAUCUGGAGCAUUAGUUUCUCUCCAAGAGCUACGACCAUCAUCUCCAUUUUUCAAGGAAGGAGCUUCAUUAAGAAUUGUUGGAAAGCUUCAUGAAUACUCUGUAGAGACUGCCCUAGCAACAGUAAUUGACGGUGAUGCCACUCUCAAAGUUAAUACUCAGCACCUGAGAGACCUUAGCUUCCGAGUUGGCUCUGUCUACCAAUUCAUUGGUGAGCUCCUCAUCCAACCCAAUAACAAGGGAGUCUUGCAGGCACGUGUCGGUAGAAACGUUGAUGGAAUUGAUCUCAAUCUCUAUCAUCAAUCCUUACUGCUCGUAAGACAGUUUCAAGCUGAUCACCCAACUAAUCGAACAGAAUAACUUUACAUGAAGACCCUGCAGAAACAAUUUAUGACAGUAGACUGGUGGUACAUUUUUCUCAGAAUUUCAAACAGAUGGAAGCUUAGC